GCAGCGGGAUCGCGUCACUGGGGCGCGCCGCGGGUCCAGGCGCGAUGGCGGCGCUGGGCGGGGAUGGGCUUCGCCUGCUGUCGGUGUCCCGGCCAGAGCGGCAGCCCGAGUCGGCGGCUCUGGGCGGCCCAGGCCCCGGGCUGUGCUGCUGGGUGUCUGUGUUCUCUUGUCUCAGCCUCGCCUGCUCCUACGUGGGCAGCCUCUACGUCUGGAAGAGCGAGCUGCCCAGGGACCAUCCUGCAGUCAUAAAGCGGCGCUUCACCAGUGUCCUGGUGGUGUCAAGUCUCUCGCCCCUCUGCGUGCUACUCUGGAGGGAACUCACGGGCAUCCAGCCAGGCACAUCCCUGCUCACCCUGAUGGGAUUCAGGCUGGAGGGCAUUUUCCCAGCAGCACUGCUGCCCCUGCUGCUGACCAUGAUCCUUUUCUUGGGCCCACUGAUGCAGCUUUCCAUGGAUUGCCCCUGUGACCUGGCAGAUGGCCUGAAGGUUGUCUUAGCCCCUCGCUCCUGGGCCCGCUGCCUCACAGACAUGCGUUGGCUGCGAAACCAAGUGAUCGCCCCCCUGACAGAGGAGCUGGUGUUCCGGGCCUGCAUGCUGCCCAUGUUAGCGCCGUGCACGGGCCUGGGCCCUGCUGUGUUCACUUGCCCACUCUUCUUUGGAGUUGCCCAUUUUCACCACAUUUUUGAGCAGCUUCGUUUCCGCCAGAGCAGUGUGGGGAGCAUCUUUCUGUCUGCAGCGUUCCAGUUCUCCUACACAGCUGUCUUCGGUGCCUACACUGCUUUCCUCUUCAUCCGCACAGGACACCUGAUCGGGCCGGUUCUCUGCCACUCCUUCUGCAAUUACAUGGGCUUUCCUGCCGUGUGUGCAGCCCUGGAGCAUCCGCAGAGGCGGCCCCUGCUGGCAGGCUAUGCCCUGGGUGUGGGACUCUUCCUGCUUCUGCUCCAGCCCCUCACGGACCCUAAGCUCUACGGCAGCCUUCCCCUCUGUGUGCUUUUGGAGCGGGCCGGGGACUCAGAGGCUCCCCUGUGCUCCUGACCCAUGCUCUGUACACACUCCUAUGAACUCUCAUGGGCUUCCCAGCCCCUCCCUGUCAAGGGGUACUACAGGGAAGGAGCUGGCGGAGGCCCCGAGAACUCAGGAAUUUUUGUAGGGGAUUGAAGCCAGAGCUAGUUGAAUCCCAGGGACCAAGAGAAAGGAGCAGACAUCCCAGGAUGUGGCCGCUCCUGAAAGGGUCGAGGAGCAGCCGGGAGUGAGGGGACGCGGGGCCGGGCCCCGGAGCCGAGCACUCCUGCCUCACCUGGGACUGCUGCUUCCCUGAGCUGCUCUGUCCCCCCUGCCUCUGAAAAGCUGCUCGGGGGGUGGAAUUUACAGAAACCCCCCAACUUCCCAGGGUUUUCUCAUUGUCUUUUUGCAUCAGGACUUUGUAUUGGGAUAUUAAAGAGAUUUAACUUGGGUAA